CUUAUUUCCCUGGUAUGUCACCAACUGAUAUUAAAAUGUCAUAAUGUCAAAUUUAUAAUAUUCGGCUUUGAGUUGUGGGAGUGUGGUAGCAUUGCUGGUUCUCUUAAAUUUGUUAUUUUUUGUUAACAUACAGCUCUUAUUUUAAAUCAGUAGUAUUUUCAAAUCACAUAAUGUCACCAGAACCUUCAUUGGUUGACCUGCCGGAUGAGCUCCUGCUGCAAGUAAUGUCCCACCUCACAACAUCAGAUAUCUUGCUACUAGCCAGGACGUGCCGGCGCCUCUGUGGCCUGCUCUCGGACCGCUCUCUGUGGUACGAGGUGGACCUACGGCAGAGCCGACUGCGUGCGCGGCAGCUGGCCCGCCUGCUGCGUCACCUUCAUAACGAGACGCGCCGGGUCUGUGUAGCCGGGCACGUGGAGCGCGGGAGGCCGGUGCGGCCCCCGCUGCUCACCGCGCGCAUUCUCACCGAUAUCAAAGCGCGAUGCGAGUCUAGCUUGGUGGACCUGAGACUGGAGCGGUGCCUUCUGAACGCCACGGAGCUGCCGCUAGAGCUGCUGCCCAAGUCGCUGCUGUACCUGAGUCUGCGCGGCAGUGAGGUCACGCACCGGCCGGCUGGCCGGUCCUACUUCAGCCGCUUCUGGGAGUUUGCGCCGCGUCUGACCGAGCUCGACCUCUCCGAGUGCGGCUGGGUCGACAGCCACGCGCUGCUGCCACUCAGCAAGCUGGCCAGCCUCCAGCGGCUCUCGCUGCGCCACUGCCGCCGGCUGGGCGGCGAGAUCGCCUACAGCAGCAUCUCCUGCAUGCUGGGGUUCCGCGAGCUGCGCGCGCUGGACGUGCGCCGCACCCAGGUGGCUGACUGUGACGUGAGCGGCUUCUGUCAGCUGCCGCGGCUUACCGAGCUGCUGCUCGAGCCGCGGCGGCACGGUCACUUGGACGGAGACACGGCCAUCAGCUCCCUGGGCGCACACUGCGGCGCGCAGCUGCGCCGGCUCGCGCUGCGCCGUACGCGGCUCCGCGAGCAGUCGGUGGAGCGUCUGCCGCAGCUGCUCCCCAACCUGGAGCAGCUCGACCUGACCGGCUGCGGCGUGUCCAGCGAGCGGCUCGGCUGGCUGGCCGACCAGCUGCCCGGCUGUGCCGUCAGCUGCCAUGAGUCCAAACCGGACCCGGAGUCCGGGCCGGGGGCGGUGGCGAGCCGCCGCCGCCGCCGCUCGCCCUCCCCCACAGCCGACGAGGACGGGCCACCGGCAGCGAAGCGGCGCCGCCUCCAGCGCUGCCAGUGUGCCGGCUGUGAGGACGGCGAAAUGGAGGACGGUGAGGACUCUCCUCAGGAGGACGAGGAGCAGGAGGAGGAUGCUCUGGACGAGGAGCUUGAGAACCAGCCCGGAGUGAUCGUGGUGAACUUGUUUGACGGCCGGUGGAGGAUUAACGGAGCUCAGGCGAACGCCGAAAACGCGGUGGGUGGUGGGCGGGAGGCGGGUAACGGGCAGGCGGGAGGGGUAGGGGAGGAUGAUGGAGGGGUAGUAGCAGGGGAGGGAAGGGCAGAGGAGGUGGGAGUGGUAGAGGAAGGCGAGGGAGGGGUAGAUAAUGAGGGAGUGGUAGAGGAGGAUGAGAGAGGGGCAGAGGCUGAGGAGGGCGGCGCUGGGGCGGCGGGAUUGGACGGGGCUGGACCGGUGGAGGUAGGUGGGGAGAGGGAGGAGGACCGGGCGACGGGAGGAGAGAGGGAGGAGGCAGAGCCGUCCCCACGGCCAGUCGGGGAUGGUGUGCCAGACACCCCGGAGUAGAGACUGGGAUUGAUCUCGAACGGGAGAGAUAGGGCAGGACCCGUCUGGGCGGGUGCCGGGAGUCGCUGUUGGAGCGCAGCUGGCGCCUCGAUCGCACAGAUAUUACCAUUGGUGGCAGCACCGUCGACUGAGACUCGCUAAAUCGGUCGCAACGGCCUCUCCCAGUUCAGUGUUUGUGAUGAAGUGUGGUUCAGAUGUUUUCAUCUUCAGUGAUCUAAGAUCGAUGUAGUGAUAAUUGCUUCGUAAAAUGGAUGAUGCGUUGCACCAUGUAUCUGCUACAUAUAUUUAUAUG